CUCCGUAAUAUAAUUAAUUAAUUAAUAACCAUCCCCCAAUCAAUAUAUGCACUUGUGGGCACCCUACUGGUUUUCUUAAUUAUGUAUGUCAAUAGGUGAAGGAGCAUCGUAGAGAGAUGAAGGGAGUCAACGACUCAUGGCAGCAGCCGCAGCAGCUACCGAUGAGUAGCACCGGAGAAGAAGAGGACCACAGCAUGGUCAUGCCCGGCUUCCGCUUCCACCCCACCGAGGAGGAGCUCAUCGACUUCUACCUCCGGCGCAAGGUCGAGGGCAAGCGCUUCAACGUCGAGCUCAUCUCCUUCCUCGAUCUCUACAGCUACGACCCUUGGGAACUACCAGCUUUGGCUGCGAUCGGAGAGAAGGAGUGGUUCUUCUACGUGCCUAGGGACCGGAAGUACCGGAACGGCGACCGGCCUAACCGGGUGACUACGUCGGGGUACUGGAAGGCCACCGGCGCAGAUCGGGCAGUAAAGAAUGAAAGUGGCCGGCAGAUCGGACUGAAGAAGACGCUGGUGUUCUACUCCGGCAAGGCUCCCAAAGGGAUCAGGAGUAGUUGGAUAAUGAAUGAGUACCGUCUUCCACCUGGUGAUGCAAACAAUCACUUCCCAAAGCAGGUUGAGAUCUGUCUUUGCCGUGUGUACAAAAGACCUGGAGCUGAAGACCAUCCUCGAGCUCCCGGGACAGCUCUUAAGCACUCAUCUUCCCGAAAGAUCGCCGCCGAUAACUCGCAGCCGAACAAUUCACAAUUCAGCGAGAAUUCAUCGCCAAACCCUAACGACUCCCAGUUCAGGUACCAGAAUUCAUCAAAGAACCCUAUCGAGGAGAAUACGCUGAUCAAGCAGCAAAGCACAGGAGGAUGCUACUCGACCACCACUCUACUUUCAUCAUCCUCCAAUUACAUGCUCGCUAAAAAACCUAGAACCAUCGCUCUCCAGGAGUCCAGUGCUAACUCGGUUGCCUCGAACACGUCCAACGAAGAAGACAAUAGCACUUCCACAUUUGCUCAGAAGAUGGGAGAGUUGAAUAGCUUAGCAGGGUUCAACCAGAUGAUGAUGAAUCACAUGAACACUAACCCUAAUCAUCAGUUCCUCCAUCACUUUGCUUCUCAAACCACCCAACUGCUUCCUUCCAAUGCUUUGCCAUUGCCAUUGCCACUGCCUGGUAAUGUUUCAGACAAGCUCUGGGAUUGGAAUCAGAUCAUGGCGAGUAAUGGGUUAUACACUGAUCAUGUUUAAAGGACUGAUUGAUACAUAGCUAGCAUGCAUACAAGGGCGAAAGGAUGGUUGACUAGUUGAUAUAUAUAGAGAGCGUGUUCUAAGUUAAAAUGUAAUGUAUACAAUUAAUGUACUAAACAGAUCUUGCAGGACACAAUAAUCAAUCAUUUUAGUUUCUGAUCA